AUGGCGGGCGGCGAGGAGAAGGCGAAGAGCGAGAGGCUCGGGGGCGCGCCAAUGGGGGCGACAGCCACGGAGAGGGGCGAGGCGCUUCCCUUCACGUGCUCGAUGCCGCUCGACGUCAGUGACGUGGACGCCGUGCUGCAGCGGGCUGCGGGGGCCAACCAGCUCGCUGUGGUGGCGUCUGUCUCCUCCAACAACACUCACCUCCUCAUCGACCGGCCGGAUGCGAUGGGGGAGACGGACGACGAGAGGCGGGCACUGCGGAAGGAGCUGGAAGCGCUUCUCGCCACCAUCCCCAUUGUCCCUAGGCCAUUGCCGUGUGAUAGUCAAAUCAUCGGUGAGGAGCUUGAUGCUUAUGAGCGGUGGGAUUUCCUGAUGUGGCAAAAGAAACUUGUGAGAGUGGAGCAGGAUUAUAAUCUUGUCUUUACCCCAUACGAGAAGAAUAUUGACAUCUGGAAACAGCUGUGGAGAGUUCUUAAAUGCAGUGAUUUGUUGGUUAUGGUAGUGGAUGCUAGAGAUCCAUUAUUCUACCGCUGCCCUGAUCUUGAGCUUCCAAAUGGUAUAUAA